AUGAAGUUCUUCGUGUGCAUUUUGGCCUUGGUAGGUGUGGCUCAGGCUGGUCUGCUGCCCCACUUGGAGCACCCCCAUGGUGGCUACCACCAUGCCGACCUGCCCCACUUGGUCGAUGCCGAGAUCCACCACUCCGACGGCAUCCACUUGGGACACAGCGCCGCCAUUGUGCAUCAUGAUGAUCACCACUUUGACCAUCACUUGGAUCACCAUGUGGUGGAGUCGCUGCCAACCACUGUGUACCACCACGAAGAGUACCCGCACCACUACCACUACGCCCGCCUGCACGCCGCCCCCGUCCACCACUACACCCACUCGGCGCUCAAGUCGGUGGUGCCAGCCCACUUGGAUGUCCACAGCCACUCUAACCUGCUGUCCUUCGCCAAACACGCCCUGCACGGCAAGUACGGAAAGGUCAGGAUCACCGAGACCCACUACUGAGUAAUUCCCAAAACAAAUGUUGUCCAAAAAAAUCCCGAUUAGCCAAACAAAGCAUCUUUACUUUUAAUUUAUUGCCACUAAGUUUAGGAUUACUUACAAAACCGAAUACUCCAGAAAGCAAUGAUUUUGAUGAUUAAAAAAGAUUGUUUACAAUUUAA